AUGCUGCUGACCGCGUGCAGGUACGACUACCCAGUUUUUGCACGCAACGGCGGCGAGCCCGUGGUGUACGCAGGCCAGUACCACACAGAUGUGGUCACGUCCAAGGCUGUCGCCCAGAUCCGCUCGGCCAAGGCAGCAGGCAAACCCUUCUACAUCCAGGUCGCCCCCAUCGGCUGCCACGAUGCCUGCUACGUUGACGAGGAUUUCAACGGGUAUGUGACACCGCCGGUGCCGGCCCCGAGACACGCCAAGCUGUAUGCUGAGGUCAACUUGCCGCACGACCCCUCCUUCAACGAAGAGGACGUGAGCGACAAGCCUGCCUGGGUUCAAGCGCUUCCUAGGCUUGAUCGGGCAAACGUAACAUAUCUGAAUGAGUACCACCGUGACCGCCUGCGCUCCCUGCGCUCGGUGGAUGAACUCAUCGACACGCUUGCCUACCAGACUGAUCUGCAAGUUCCGUUCCUGAUCUCGUGA